AUGGUGAAAACACAGAGUAUACUGUUCGUUCAAGAUCCCAAUGAGGAAUCGGAGCUUUUGAGCUCUGACAUUGUGAAGGAAAACUACAACCUUCUCAGGCACAAACUUACUUCUAAGGAUGCGUUCUUGAAAUUCAUGGAGGAACACAGAAAACAGAACAUCACUGCGAUAUACGGAGGAUUCCCAGCGUUCCGUUCAAUUGGCGGGCUCACGAGAGAUAUCAUCGAGCACGCUGCUUUCUACUCAACUGUGCGCUGCGUCGCUCUAUGUUCGCGCGGCGUGGACGGUGUUGACCAGGAGGCGCUCCUGGAGAGGGGGAUCCAACUGUUCAAUUACCAAGACAGCGAACCCGAUGCCAUGGUCAGUGGUGCGAAGCAGGAUCUCGUCGGUAACGAGGUCGCUGACUGUGCCCUGUGGCAUGUCCUGGAGGGGUUCCGUAAGUUUUCCCUACUGAUGACGCAGAUGCGGGCGACAAAGGAUACGAUCCUCGGUAGGGCAGUCGUUGCUGGGAUCCCCAGGGACCAAAUGCGGUUUGCGUUUGGCCACGAGCUGCUCAAAGGAAAGUACGUGGAGAGUCCACGCGGGAAGAAAUGUUUGAUCUUGGGGCUUGGGAACAUCGGCAAACAGAUCGGGGUGAAGUUACAAUACGGACUCGGGAUGGAGGUCCACUACGCGAAGCGGACCGAGGACAGCGAGGUGAAAGAUACGUACGGGUGGCAGUUCCACGGGAUGGACUCGCUUCUACAAGUGCUGCCACAGUUCCACGCCAUUGUGGUCGCCCUACCGGGGAGCCCUGAGACAGAUGGACUGAUCAACGGGGAAUUCUUGUCCCAUUGCAAGAGUGGGGAACUCAUCCUUGUGAACAUCGGAAGAGCAGCGAUCCUCGACAUGGACGCCGUGACGUCAGCCAUAGAUAACGGCACGAUAAGACACUUUGGGACGGACGUCUACAGCGCGGAACCCGCGGUGGACGCCCUGGUAUUACAGGACGAGUACAACACGACGGGCACCCCACACGUCGGGAGCGGCACGGUCGAGGUAUUCGCGCAAGCGUGUGAGACGGCGCUAGCAAACAUUAUCCGAACCACACUCCCUGCGUAA